UAGCAGCCUUGAGUCUCCGUUGACAGCUGUGGCAGAGCAGAAGAAGAGCGCGGUGUUAUGAAAGGUUUACUUCAAUCUUUGGGCACGAAAACUAGUGUUUUAUUCUGAGAUUAUGAAAGAAAACAUCUGAUUAAGAAGGCGAAAGCCACACAACGAUCAACUAUUCAAGUUUAUGGGGAAAUCAGAGACCAUGUCAGCCAUCAAGAUUGCCUUACAGCACAACCAGAGACGUGGGAAGAGAAAAUCUGGAGAGGUGUCCACCGAAGUGUCUCCAGACUCCAAGUGCCCCAUCUGUCUGGACAUGUUUAACAACAUCUCAUACUUGGACCUUUGCCUACACAAGUUCUGUUUCCGCUGCAUUCACGAGUGGUCCAAGAACAAAGCGGAGUGCCCACUAUGCAAGCAACCUUUUAAUUCCAUCUAUCACAGUAUCAAAUCAGAGCAGGACUUUAAGAAGUAUGACUUGAAGCCUGCAGACAACGGCUCUUUUGGGACUUUUGGGGGUGUACGCUUCAGAUACCGCACCACUCUCACAGGGGUCAGUCGACAGAGGACAAUUGCACCUCCUCAAAAUGGAGUCAUGUUUGAAGCUUCGACCAACCCUGCACCACAAAGGCAAGACCGCUACAUCCGCCGCAUCAUGACAAAACUGGCUGCUCAGAGGAGAGCAGCAAGUGAAGGGAGAUCUGUUAAUAAUCUGAGAGAACAGGAAAUGAUCAACUUCAGAAAGGAACUGUACCGUCAAGGUGUGAGAGUUCGGGGCGUGCGAGAUGGUGGCCGAUCUCGAGAUACAUCUGCUGAAUUCUACAGGAGAAAUCCCGCCUGCUUACACAGACUUGUGCCUUGGCUAAAAAGAGAACUGAUGGUGCUGUAUGGUGCACAUGGCUCUUUGGUGAAUAUUGUACAGCACAUUGUCAUGUCACGCAUCACUCGCUAUGAUGUGGAAGAUGGAGCCAUGUUAGAGGAGCUCAGGCCGUUUCUUCAGGGUUGCACUGAACACUUUCUGCACGAGUUCAUCAGCUUUGCCAAGUCGCCAUUUAAUAUGGAAGCCUAUGAUCAGCAUGCAGUUUAUGACUACCAAGGCCGUUCUUCCACAGAUGAAAACAGCUCAAACUCCUCUGUUAUUGCUUUAUCAGAGGAUGAGGCUCAGUCCAUAGAGCUGGAUCCUCCAGGAGACUCCAGCUCCACCAACAUGAGUCACUCUAUGUGGGACGAUGAGACGCCUGGGCCGUCCUACUCCACCCAGACAGAGUCCAGCCGGGUCGAACAGCUCUCACUGCCAGAUUCUGACUCUGACAGCAGCGUGGAAGAAGACCGGGGCCUUCAGCCUCCUGUGGAAACUGUAAGGCCUCUUAACCAAAAAGCAGAGACUCCACAGAAUGAGUGCUUUUCCUCUGAUAGUGAGGACUGUGUAAUAGUGGGCUUUGUCAAACCCACUGCCGAAAGGACUCCAGAGCUUGUUCAACUUUCUUCAGACUCCUCAGAUGAUGAAGACAAUAAAGAAAGGCCCGGUUUGCCUCAGCACAUUCGUUUUACAAGUGUCAGUCCCGCAGUAUCAGUAAGUAGUGGUCCUGCUGACGAUCCGAUCUCAGAAAAAGAGACAAAUGUUCCUGAAACAAAUGUAAAAGAAAGGCAUAAAACCAGUCGGAGGACACACACACCUGAAAAGAGAAGCAAAGAGACACACAAAGACGCACAUAGAUCUAAAAACAGGGAGCAGAGGGCAAAGAGAAGAUCACGAAGCAGAGACCGGAGAACUCCAGAAAGUUACAGCAGAGACAGGGGUCAUACCAACUGUACCAGAGAUGACUAUUACUCUUACUACAAAAGGAGGGAUGGCCACAGCACACACACACACAGCAGUCAUUCAGGGAGCCAUCACCAUUAUGACAGAGAUCGUCGCCAUGGUAGAUACAGCCGGUCGAGAAGCCGGAGUAGAGAGAGGCGACAUGACAGAGGACGUUCAAAAUCCUACUCCAGUAGCCGAUCCCCAUCCGUGAAAAGAAAAUCUCACCACGAAAAGCCCGGAGGAAAACGGAAAUACAAAACCAGGCACUUGGAGGAACCUUGUGAAGACUCCACCAAACACAGUUCGUCAAAACACAGGAAAAAAAGCAAAGAUAAAAGUCAGGAUGUGGAGCUCGACCGUUCCGAAAACUCACCUGAGAGGAGUAGACGGCACCGUAAGAAGAAAAAGAAGCACAAGAAGAAAAGCAAAAGACAUAAAAGCAGUGAGCGUAAAGAGAAGCGAGCGUCGAACGUCAUCACCAUAGACAGUGAUAAUUGCGCGGAUGGGACUCAGGACAAUAGCACUCACAACUCUCCCAAUAAAACCUCACCAGACCUUGCGGAGACCACUCCUCUGGACACUGAGGCACUGUGGGGUUGACCUUAAAAUGUGAACGCCAAUCAAAAAAGAAGUUUUCAACAAGUUACAUCACCUUUUUUAGAGCUGGAUACUAUAAUUUUUUUUUUAAACAGCCCAUAUUACUGUAUUUUCUGAUCUAUGUUAUAAUGUUGUUUCCUCAUCAAAAAGAUACCUGGACUUGUGUUUUGUUUCAUUCACACAUGUUUAACAAACAAACUCACAAACUGAAAACAUUCUGGUUGACCUUGUGAUAUCAUGGUUAUACAGGAAGUGCCUCAUUUUGUUUGUAAUCUUGAGCAACCUUCACUAGAAUAAUUUGGAUGAUUUCUGCCCUGGAAUUUCCUAUUGCUACUAAACAAAAGGUCAAAGGGGCAUUUUGAGCUUUGAAGAUGUAAACAGACUAAUAAUAAAUGGUUACUCAAACGUGUGAAAGAAACAAAACACAACUCCAGGAGGUAACAACAUUUAUAACAGGGCUUAAAGCUCACGAGAAUCAGUUUUGUGUAAUAUAUGAUCUUUACGUUCCAAACAUGUUGCAUCAUCUAUUUUAGGGCCGGAUAAUAUGGGGAGUGGUUUAAUGAUCGCUUUAGUUGACAUUUUAACUGUAAGGAAGGUGCCACUGUAAACAAAUCUAUGCUGCCAAAACUAUUUGUUUCUUUUAAAUCAGUUGUAUUUGCGUUAUUUGAUCAUUUUGCAGUUAAACUAUACAAUUUUAAAGUAGUGAGAGAAAGAAAAAUCAGCAGUGAAUUUUGUUACGUCAGCUGUUUAAUCUUGGGAUGAGUUUUAUUUCACAUUGUCUGGGUUAACUGAGAAUGUGUGUUUAUAUAAAAAAGUUAUAUUUGUAAUAAAUUAUCCAACUGCA